AUGCUGAAGGUCUCUGUUUCAUUGUUGCUACUAGCAACCAGCGUCUGCUUGGCGGGUGUGCUCAGCAGUCCUGCCGUUGCACCAUCGGCAGUUUUGAUCGAAGAUGCACCAAAAGGACGUGUAGUAGGGGGCGAUCUGGCCUCGGUUGGACAGUUCCCGUACUCCGUUGGCUUGAUAACGCAUUCGACAUCCAUCUUCACGGGACGGUGUGCGGGUUCUCUGAUAUCGGCCAACUACGUCCUGACUGCAGCAAGCUGUGUCCAAAGUGCCACUUCAGCAUUUGCGUAUAUUGGAGGACUUCGCAUCGAUGAUCAGUCGGAACCGGGCCGGGAGCGUCUGCUAAUCGAACGAUUCAUUCUUCACUCGAGCUUUGUGGAGGGAGGCGAGAACUUCGACGUUGCCCUCGGACAGCUACCGCGUAGCGUUGCCUUCAGCGAUCGCAUCCGACCAAUCCGUUUGCCAAAUCGGCGACAGGUACAGGCAUCGUUUGCCGGACAGCAGGGCACCGUGUUCGGCUGGGGACGGUUCGGUUCGGGCAUCAGCAAUUCGGCCGAGCUGCGCUUUGGCCGGGCUGAGAUCAUAACCAAUCUGGCCUGUCGGAUUAAUCUACCGACGAAUACGAUUGUCGACGCGCACAUGUGUACGGAUGGUUCGCUGAGCUCGCCGUGCUCUGGCGACAAUGGAGCACCGCUCACGAUCAUGGAUGCGGACGGUAUCACUACGCAGGUUGGUGUGUUCUCGUUCAACUCAGUGUUGGGCUGUGAUGCUGGUCGUGCCGCCGUGUACACGCGUCUUUCGGCCUACCUGGACUGGAUCGGUGCGAAUUCGGAUGUGAUCAUUCGAGAUAACUUCUAAGAUACAGGAGGUGUUGGGUAGA